AGAGAAGCGAGAAAAAAAAGCUCGUGCCAUAUAAAAGUGUGCUGCGCCGAAUGCAACGGCUUUAUUCGUUCGCGCAAAGUCGCUCCGGUGCGUAGUGCCAGUUGUUUUGGUUUGUGGGCAGAGGUGGUUUCAGGCGUCAGAAAGUGUCAGAGAUAUAAGAGCCGAGUUUGCUCGGAUCGAUAGGCAAGGACAGAGUUUUCACAGCAAUCGAAGCAGUGUGCCGUGUUGACAACGAACCGCCGGACCAAGGACAGCUCCGGCAGCACUCGCUCCACGAGACGCAUUUCAAGCCGCAACACUGUUUGCCUUUUUUUGGAGCGGUCGGCCCAAACGGAGUGUCACGAUGGCCGUAGGAAGUCUGCUGGUCUGGAGCUUGCUGGUGAUUGCCACCGCAUCCGCCGCUGGAGUUUACGAACGACCCUCAUACAUUCUACCCUGCCGACGAGCUGAUCCCGAGAUUAACAAAUGUAUCCGGAAUUCGCUCAACUUCGUCAAACCGUACGUUGCCCGCGGGCUGCCCGAGCUGAAGACGCCGCCACUGGAGCCGCUGCGCAUUGAGGAGCUGGCGAUGGAAAACAAUGCCGGCGCGGUGCGGAUAAAGGCCCUCUUCACGGACAUCGUUGCGCAGGGCGCUGGCAACUACACCAUCAAGGAGGUGCGCAGCGAUCUCAAGAAGCUGCGCAUUGACAUGAGCAUCGCGAUCCCGCGGGUGGAGACGCGCGGCAAGUACGAGGUGAUCGGUAACGUGCUGCUGCUGCCGGUGCGAUCGAACGGCGAGUUCUGGACGGAGUUUUCGGACAUUACCGCCAUCGCCAAGAUCUACGGUAAAGCGGUCGAACGGGACGGUGAGUCGUUUAUGGGCAUCGAGAAGAUCAACGUCGACUUUACGAUGAAGAACGCCCGGUUCAAGGUGAAGGACCACGUCAACACGCAGAACGUGCUGGGCGAAGCGAUCAACCAGUUCCUCAACCAGAACGCGAACGAGCUGAUCCAGGAGAUGAGACCGGCGGCCUCCCAGAGCAUCGGCAAGCUGUUCCGGAAGUUCUUGAACGAUGCCUUCACCAACCUGCCGACGCGGUUGUGGCUGCUGGAUGACUAGGAUGACUGCGCGUUACUGUUCUCCCAUCGUAGCAAUUAGCAAUUCGUUCUUAAAGCAUAGGUGAUACACAGUAGUAGUUUUAAGGAUCGCGCAAUGUGCUGUGCCAACUGCAAACACGCGGAAAACGCGAAACACCUUUUCGUGUCGUUUAUUUUCGAAACAAAAACAAACAAAAAAGCCCUUUUUAGUAAAGGUAGGACGACGAUAGGCAAGUGAGCAAAAAAAAAAAGAGAGAGAAUAACUUACAAAUUGUAAACAUACAACGAUAAAAGAAAAAAACUAUUUUAUUACAUUCGAUCUUUAUUUGAUCCCACACGAAACCAACGCCCAACGUAGUUUAAGUGUUUGAAGCGACAAACGAUGGCGUACAAAAUGUUCUAACAAUUGCAAGGAGCGACACUGACGUUUCGCUUACACAUUUAGAUCAUGUUUUUAAAUGAAACAUAAACAACAACAAAAAUACAUUGACCAAGCAUACACGCAAGCAACACAAAAAACGAACGCGAUCAUUUUCCUAGCUGUAAGGUGUAAAUAUUUCGUCGUGAUGAAAGCAAAGCGUAGAUGGCGGAAGCGAUUUUCAAACCACAAACCACAAUUUAAAUAAAGUGAAAUUAAAACAAAUGUGAAGCAAACUGAA